UCAGACGCUCCAAGACCUCGCAGGAUUCAAUCGUGACGGAUCCAUCCCUCCGCUUCCAGUCCUGCUUAAGAUUCCGCAGUUGACAAAACGGCGCCUGCCCGCCGCAUCAUCCCCUCCUCUCUCUUAUUCCACGGGAAGCACGGAUUUUUUUAGGAUUCAUUCCGGGCGACAAGUUUAUCGCACAAGGAGUUUACAAUGACAGCUACCAAAGAGCAGCCGAAUCAGAGACCGAAUCAACCGCAGCCGGAUGAGGACCUGGGUGGGGUGAGUCCCCCUCAGAGGAACUGGAAGGGGAUUGCCAUCGCUCUGCUGGUCAUCUUGGUCGUCUGCUCCCUCAUCACCAUGUCAGUCAUCCUCCUCACACCAGCUGAUAACCAAGCUGGAGGUGACACCAAACUGACUGUUGAAGAUCUGUUUAAACCUGAGUUUGUUGUCCAUGACCCGGAGGCCAAAUGGAUAAACGACUCUGAAGUCAUCUACAGGAAUAGCGAUGGCCAUGUCAUCAAGUUCAACAUCCUCACAAACGAAACAGAGAUCGUUCUCACCAACACAACGUUUAUUAAUUUCAAUGUGGCAAAGUAUUCAGUCUCCCCUGACUUGAAAUACGUACUCUUCGCUUAUGAUGUGAAACAGGUUUACCGCCAUUCCUUCAUGGCCUCCUACAGUAUCUACAACAUUCAUACUCGGGAAGUGUGGGAGCUGGACCCUCCUGAGGUGGUGAACUCUGUGCUGCAGCACGCUGCCUGGGGAGUGCAGGGUCAGCAACUGAUCUACAUAUUUGAAAAUAACAUCUACUACCAAUCAGACGUUAAGAGUAACUCCCUCAGAUUAACGUCCUCAGGGAAGGAUGGGGUCAUCUUCAAUGGGAUCGCUGACUGGCUCUAUGAAGAGGAGAUCCUUCAGACCCAUGUGGCACACUGGUGGUCACCUGAUGGAGAGAGAUUAGCCUUCCUGGUCCUUAAUGACAGCCUUGUGCCCAACAUGGCAUUACCACGCUUCACGGGCUUGACAUACCCAAAAGGGAAGCAGUACCCAUACCCAAAGGCUGGCCAACCCAACCCAGUGGCGAAGCUGUAUGUGGUCAAUCUGUACGGGCCAACACACACCCUGGAGCUCACACCUCCAGAGAGCCUCAAACUGCGGGAACAUUACGUGACCAUGGUCAAGUGGAUCAGCAAGACUAAGACCUCAGUCAGGUGGUUGAACCGAGCCCAGAACAUCUCCAUCCUGACUGUGUGUGACACCACCACAGGAGCCUGCGUCAAGAGGCAUGAAGAAAGCUCUGAGCUCUGGCUUUCAAAACAGAACCAAGAGCCGGUGUUCUCCAGGGACGGCAGCAGAUUCUUCCUGACGGUCCCAGUCAAGCAGGGAGGACGUGGAGAGUUUCAUCACAUUGCCAUGUUCACCACACAGUUCAGAGCAGAUCAGAAUGAAGUCCGGCAUCUAACGUCGGGGAACUGGGAGGUGACCAAGAUCAUCGCCUACGAUGAGAACAACGACAACCUUUAUUUCCUCAGUACAGAGGGCUCACCACGCAGACGACAGCUUUUCAGUGUUAAGACCGUGGGUCUGUUCCCUCGCCGGUGUUUAACAUGUGAGCUGAACAAGGCCCACUGUCUGUACUUCGAUGCUGACAUCAGCCCCACGAAUCAGCACAUCAUCCUUCAUUGUAAAGGUCCUGGAGCGCCUACCGUGAUCUUACACAGCCUCAGCAAUGCAAAUUACUACAUCCUUGAGAACAACUCUUUGCUAAAGGCAGCCUUGAAGUAUAAGAGGAUCCAGAUGACUGACUUCAGAACUGUUCAAAUGGAGCAUUUUGAGUUACCUUUGAAGAUAUCAUACCCACCAGACUUCUCUGAUUCCCAUCACUACGGCCUGCUUUUGAUGAUUGAUGGUUCCCCUGGUGGCCAGUCUGUGAGUGACCGCUUUGUUCUCAACUGGGACUCUGUGCUGGUCAGUUCAGAUAACGUCAUCGUGGCUCGUCUAGACGGGCGGGGCAGCGGCUUCCAGGGCCAGAGGAUCCUGCAUGAGGUCCACCAGCGACUGGGAACUGUGGAGGUUCAGGACCAGAUCGCAGCAGUAGAAUACAUGAUGAAAUUCCCAUAUAUUGACCGGACACGGAUAGGAGUGUUUGGAAUGGGUUAUGGAGCCUACGUAACAUUAAUGAUGCUGAAGUCUACCGACAGCCUAUUCAAAUGUGCAUGUGCAAUGUCACCGGUGACAGACUGGAAGCUCUAUGCAUCAGCGUUCUCUGAGAGAUACCUUGGCAUGCCAUUACGGGACGACAGCAGAUAUCAGUUUUCCAGUGUGCUGCAGAAUGUUCAAGCACUUAGGGAGCAGACUCUGAUGCUGGUGCACGGCACAGCAGAUGCCAACAUUCACUUUCAGCAUACUGCUGAGCUCGUCAAGAACCUUGUGAAAGUUGGAGCAAACUAUUCAAUGCAGAUCUACCCAGAUGAGGGUCAUUUCCUGUCACAGCAGAGUCGCCAGCACCUCUUCGCCACACUGACCAGUUUCUACAGGGAAUGUCUGCAGGAAGAGAUACUACCGCUGCCAGAUGAGGAGGAGGAAGAAGAGGAGUAGCUGGGAGGCUUUUAUGGGUCAGACCUUUGGCAGAGCUUGACCCGCUUUGAAGAAUUUUGCUAAAAUCCGUCAAGGCCUUUCGCAUUUGGACCAAGUGUUUAUCCAGAAGUGGACACUGGGCAGGGCAGCUAAUGCUCUGAAGUGUGUUUGUGUGUAUGUGUGUGUGUGUGUGUGUAUGUGUGUGUGUGUGUGUGUGUGUGUGUGUGUGUGUGUGUGUGUGCUUGCGUGUGUGCG